ACAUAAAGCACUUGUCGAUUCUGAAGAUAACAAUUUUCGUUCAGUAAAAAGCACAGGAAAAAAUACGGCACCGUCAUAUAUCAGAUUGUUGGUGAAUCAAAAGAAACAUGUAUUGGUGUAUUAACAUUCCCCUCCCGUUUUUUAAAUUAUGAUGCUCAUGCUAAUUUGACUGUUGAAACAAAAAGGGCAAAAAUUCGAAUCACACUUAUGAGAAUAUUGUGAAGCAGUAGCAACAUAAAAUCCAAAUACAUGGCGUUGAAUGGUGUUCAUGAGGCCUCUAUACCACCCCUUAUUUGGAGUAAAAUGUUUCUGGAAUUUGUAAGCUUUUUUUAACAAGAUUUUUUAUUUUAUGUGUCUUGUGUUUGCCUUCAUUAUGUUAAGCGUACCACAUUCAUGCAGUGUUUGAGGAGGCCAAUAGAGGGCGUCAGAUACCCUGGAAUUGGAAUUAAAAAUGGUUGUGAGCCUCCAUGUGGAUGCUGGAAAUUGAAUCUGCUGCCUCUGUAAGAAAAACACAUACUCUUAACCACUGAGCCAUCUCACCAGUCCUGUCAAUUUGCAUAUGUGUCCCGAUGCCAGCCCAGCUGUCACAGAGAAUCGCUGUAGGAGACUGACAGGGUCAGCUCUGGAGCCCCAAGCUAAGGCUGACUAGCCCUGAGCCUUCGGCCAGGGGAUGGCAUCCCUCCAGGAGCUCCAAGACCAUGCUCCUGGGGAGGAAGAAGGACUGGUGAUUGUGAAGGUGGAAGAUUGCUCUUGGGAACAGGAACCUGCCCAGCAGAUGGACAGCAGGGAUUCAGAAGCCUGCCGCCAGCGCUUCCGCCGCUUCUGCUACAGGGAUGUGGGUGGGCCACAUGAAGCCUUCAGCCAGCUCUGGGAGCUCUGCUGCCGUUGGCUGCGGCCUGAGCUGCACAGCAAGGAGCAGAUCCUGGAACUGCUGGUGCUGGAGCAGUUCCUGGCUGUGCUACCAGGGGAGAUCCAGGCCCAGGUGCAGAGACAGCACCUCGGGAGUGGUGACGAAGCUGUCGCUUUGGUGGAGGACAUACAGAAUCAGUCAUUGAAAGCCUGGCCACAGGGUGGACUCUCGGAAGUGGAGCCUAAGGCAGCAGCAGUCCAGGGACUCCAGGCCGCAGGGCCUCCCCAGAAGGCAAGAGCACAGAAGCAGCUGCCUGCACCCCAAGAGCAGCCUGGCCGUGCCCAGCUUCCUGUUCUUAAAGAAGGACAGACAGGAGAGGUGAUGGACGCUUGCUUUGGCUCUGCAGUUCAUCUGCCUGGGAGACCUGAGCUGGGUCACAUCUCCCCAUUUCAAACACCCGCGGCACUGGGAGACAUCCCUUUCUAUUUCUCCCGAGAAGAAUGGGGCUCCCUGGACCCUGCUCAGAGGGAUCUCUUCUGGGACAUAAAGAGAGAGAACUCCCGGAAUGCUGCUCUCGUACAGAGAAGAGCAUGCGUGGAGUCAGAGGAUGGCUUUCUGGAGUUGGUUCUUUCCUUUCGCCGUGUAGGUUCUGAGUGGAGCUCAGGCUCAGUGGUUAGGCUUGGCAGCGGGUGCCUUUACCCAUCCAGCCAUCUUGCUGGUCUGUCCAGUCAUUUUGUAGGUUUGGGAUCCCAAAGCCAGAGUGACAGAGGUCCUCCGGAGGAGGCUGUGACAGCAUUGUUGGGACAGACUGACUGUGAAGUGAGUGCGUCCUGGAACCCCGAGGAGGCUGAGACAGAGGUCUGGAGGAGUGAAAACCCACCGAGGACAGCCCUGGGCCCGCUGCUGGUAGCUGGUCCUGGCCGGCCGCCUACUCGCAAGCGUCAGUUGCGGAAUUUAGUUACUGAGAAGCCGCACAGCUGCGGGCAGUGCGGGAAGCGCUUCCGCUGGGGCUCAGACCUAGCCCGGCACCAGCGAACGCACACUGGUGAGAAGCCACACAAGUGUCCUGAAUGUGACAAGAGCUUCCGCAGCUCUUCUGACCUGGUGCGCCACCAGGGCGUGCACACGGGUGAGAAACCCUUCUCCUGUUCUGAGUGUGGCAAGAGCUUCAGCCGCAGCGCCUACCUGGCUGACCAUCAGCGCAUCCACACAGGCGAGAAGCCUUUUGGCUGCAGCGAGUGCGGCAAGAGCUUCUCACUGCGCUCCUACCUGCUGGACCACCGGCGUGUGCACACGGGCGAGCGGCCUUUUGGCUGUGGCGAGUGUGACAAGAGCUUCAAGCAGCGUGCACACCUCAUCGCGCACCAGAGCCUGCAUGCCAAGAUGGCCCAAUCCGAGGGGUGAGUCGUCAGCGGGACCUGAGCAGCCCAGCGAGGUGGACACUCCCUGUGAGCCUCACAGCCUCCCUUUAUUCCUCUUGGAGAAGUCUCCUUUUGCCUGUGAUCACUGCCAGCCUAUCAAGGGACCCAAGGGCCCUGUACUCUGAACUGGCCUGCCUGCUCCCAGGAUCCUCCCACCUGUCUCUCCCCAUCCUGCUCUGGAUUUCUUUUCCACCUGUUUCCUGGAGCUUCACAGUUUCCAGUUGAGUAUCAGGUGGUGUAAGGCCUUGGGCAGGACCUAGAGAUUCUCUCCAGGACCCUCCAGCCUUGCUUGGGCAGAGGCUCCCUGUUUCUGUCGACUUGUGCCUUCCAGUGGGGACUGGCCUCCAUCCUCAGGGGACUGCUGGGCUUUGGCAAGGACCAUGGGCCCGCACCAAUGAGAAUUUAGGUCCUGGGUUUGGUCACAGCAGCUUCCUGGCCUUUCCCUCUCCCCGCUCCCAACCUGUGGCCACUCUUCUGACCCCAGGAAGCUGCCCAGCUGUCCUGCUGUGAACCCGGACACACCUGCCUGCAGGGGGUGACUAUAGCAGCAGGCUGACUCUGGAGAACACCCACGCCUCCGGAAGUGUGGCUUUUGUACUUAACACUAGCACUCUAUCAGCACUUGGUAGCUGACUCCUCCAGCACUGUAUUCCAUGGUUUUCAUCUGCAUUGUGUGCAGAUUCACACAUGGACCCUCCAAGAGGGCUCGGCCCAGUGGGCUUCAGAAGAGUUUGAAUAAACAUGGAAACUUUC